AUGCGGAGCAAGGACGAGGAGUACGAUUACCUCUUCAAAGUUGUGCUCAUUGGGGACUCUGGGGUGGGGAAGAGCAACCUCCUCUCACGCUUCACCCGCAACGAGUUCAACCUGGAGAGCAAGAGCACCAUCGGCGUGGAGUUUGCCACGAGGAGCAUCCAAGUGGACAACAAGACGGUGAAGGCUCAGAUCUGGGACACGGCCGGGCAGGAGCGGUACCGCGCCAUCACCUCGGCGUACUACCGCGGGGCAGUGGGGGCUCUGCUCGUCUACGACAUCGCCAAGUACCUGACGUACGAGAACGCGGAGCGGUGGCUGAAGGAGCUGCAGGACCACGCGGAUGCCAACAUCGUCAUCAUGCUGGUGGGCAACAAGAGCGACCUGCGGCACCUCCGCGCCGUGCCCACCGAUGAGGCCAGGAGCUUUGCAGAGAAGAAUGGGUUGUCCUUCCUGGAGACGUCUGCUCUGGACUCCACCAACGUGGAGACGGCUUUUCACAACAUCCUCACGGAAAUCUACCGCAUCGUGUCCCAGAGGCAGAUCCCGGGGCAGCCGGAGCCCGAGUUCAGCCCCAGCACCACCAUCGAGCCCAUCCGGGUGCUGCCCACCCAGCAGGAGGGCAGGCAGGGACCCUGCUGCCAGAACAUCUGA